AUGGAGCAGACCUGGGAUUCUUACAUCAGUUCCUUAAGUCAGAACUCCUUGCCCAGACAAGUGGAGGUGACCCAGGGAAACUAUUCAGUGUCACAUGAAGACCUGUCGUUCUCCAAAGGGGAUAUCAUCACGGUGGUUGGCCUGGAGCCAAUUUACGUCAGAGCAGAAGUGAAGGGUGAUGAGCGAGUUCUGGAUGUGAUCAAUAUACCCCUUGAAUAUGAAGGGAAUUUCCAACUGAUUGCAGACCCGGUUUUUUUUGAAACUGUGGCUGAUUUAGUCCGUUCAGUCCGACUUCCCCAGAGUCCGGUGGCCCAUAGAAGUCCUCCCUGCUUCCAGAACUUAAUCCCCAUCUCCAUAGCCGGUUUGCCCAUGAAGCUCAGGAAAGGAGAAACACUGUCCUUAAUUGGCUUAGAAGAGAGUCAGGGGAGGAGGCUGCUGCGAUGCGAGCUAAGGAGGAAGGCGCCACUGAAUCUGCUCCUCCCCAUGAACUGCUUGGGCCACUUCCUGGAGUGCCAGGACGACCAGCUCUACUCCAUCGACACCAUCGUGAGGUGGAAGCUGCUUGCAGGCAGGAAACGCAAGGUUAGGGCCCAAGCUGGACAUCGCCUGAGGCUUCUUAGCCCCCUGGUUCCAAAGCAUUUUAGUGGACACUUAGUUUUGCAUCCCUAUUUCUCAGUGAUGGCGUAUCUGCCAGGUGAGAUCCAGGUCAGCAUCCCCUCCGAUCUGGACAUCAGUGUGACUGAGACUGCCUGCUUAGAUCGUAAGCCCAGGACAAUGCGACAGAUAUACAGCAUGGAAGAAGACAAGUUCCCAAUGAGAAUUAAAAUAAUGAGCGUGGGGCACCCAAAGACUCUGAAGUGUGGACAACUCUUAACCAUCCUCAAGACUAAAGAUGUGAAAAAAUUCGUUGCCACUGAGAUUUCCCAAGGAAAGAAAGGGAGGCAUUUUCUCAUCCCAUACACCUAUCAGGGCCUGGUACUCAGGAAAGGUCGGUUUUUUAAUGCUGUCUCUGAUGUUGCUGCUGCCAUGAAAGACGGGCAGCUCUGCUUCCAGGCCUCCAGGGACUACACCUCCCACCUGGAACCUUUUGCAUCUUUCGCAGCCAAGGAGUGCUUCCUGGCCCUGAAAAAGAGCGUGGUGUUUGCCAAGAUUCACAGUGAGCUGCACAGAGUGGAAGUCCUCAAGUGCCUGAACAUGGCCACCAAAGCCCGCGUCAAACUGCCUCUGUUUGCUGUAGGAGGGUUCCUGGAACUGUUUGACAGCGCGGGACCGGGGACCCUGCGGGAGCUAUGCCAAGUGUCGAGACUGCCGUGCCACAUCACAGUGACCAGGCCAGAUCCCUCCAUGUCUGGAGACCCUCUGUAUGGAACUGAGGAACUGAGAAUUGAAAAUGUCAUCAUUGAACAGUGCCUCAUAGCCAAAGACGAACCAUCACUGGAGGACAUACUCUCCUCGGAAGACAUAUACAGGGAGUGGCCAGAAGCCAUAUUUGAAAUCCCGAUUGAGAAGUCAAGCUGUGAGGUCUUGGUGGUAGAAGAGCGGAUAGCGGAUAGCGGGAAAGAGACAUGCGCACCUCUCCAGAACAUUCAGGAGGUCACUAAAGAGUCUCUGGCCUUUAGCAAUUGCUUGAUAAUUCCCUGUCCACCGCCACUUCCUCCGAAGUCCAGAUAUUUGAUUUAA